UCACUACACUAACAUAAACAUUGCAAUCAUGGGGACGGGUCGCCAUUACAUAUCGCUCUGUAAUUGUUAUUACUGAGUUUGAGAAGGAGAUUGGUUAUGUCAAAUGUACUAUGUAGCGCGCGUUUAUAAUUUUUUCUUGAAUCAAAACAAACUAACUUCUAAUAUUUGAUUAGUUUAUUUAUUGAUUUAAAAGUAAAUAAAGAUGGCUCCGCCUCGGCGUAUUCUGAGACAACAAUUAGAGAUUUUAAUGAAUUUCUUGGAGGAAAACAAAUAUAUGUCUAAAGGAUUAAUGCCGGGUGCGCCGGUCUCUCAUCAAAAAACUCGACAGAAGUGGGCAAUUUUAGCUAAACAACUUAACGCAGUACAGUCAGGGGCAUUGAAGACGCCUGAUGGAUGGAAAAAGUACUGGUUUGAGUGGAGACACAAGUGCAGAAAAAAAGCAGCAAAUGCAAGGAGGUUUCGGUCAGGGUCUGAAGGAGGUUCAAACAGAUUUAUCCCACUCAAUGACCUAGAAGUCAGAGUUUUAGAACUAAGUGGCAAAGGCUCUGUUUCCACUGCCGUGUCCUCAUCUAGUCAGAAUGAUAACUUCACAGGCGAUUCGGAUUCUGAACCUUUAGAAAAUCUUAAAUUAAAACAUACACCAAGCACUUCAAAACUUGGACAAUCAGUUGGACCUGAAUCUCCAAUAGAUGAUAUUCCCAGUAGAGUGUCACCACCACCAAAGUGGGCGAUAGACUUUGAAGAAAGGAGAUUAGCGGCUGAAGAGAGGAUAGCAGAUGCACUAGAGUCUAUGGCUAAUAUCAUGAAGAGUCAGGAGGAAAGACGGGGCUUGUUAGAGGAACGGAUAGCUGAUGCUCUCACAGCCAUAGCUGGGACAGUACAGGAUCUGAACAGUGGAGUACAAGAUGCACUGCAACAAUUACAUCCAGUACAAGCUAAUGUUUUCUACAGACAUUAAAUAAUGUCAAAAAUUAUAUGAGUGGAAUUAAAACGCACGACAUGAUGUGCCAUAUCAUGGAAAAAAUAACUUUAAAGAGGUUUAAAGGAUAUUUAUAACAUAUUUUUAUGGCAAUUCUAAUACUAUGUUACUACUUUUAGUACACACUUGCAAUAUUAAUGUAAAUAGUGAUAGGAGAUAUUUUGCUGUAAGACAUGAACUGAUUGUAGUCUGAAUUGUUAUUCAGGGAUUGUCCUGUGUUAGGGAUUAGUGCAACUCGUUCUAUUAUUUUAUUUUAAAUAGGUAUAUUUAAGUACAUGUAGUUUUUUGACACAUUUUAUAGUCAUACUGCUCAGCCCCACCUUUGAAAUAAAGCUUGUAAAUAAUUAUUAUUUUUAGUAUGUGAUAGAACAUCAAUAAUUAUUGAAUUAUAUUAUUAUUUAUUA